CCCUGCUGGCUCAGAAAGCGCUCAGCAGCACACAGUGGAUAUACGUGCGGCGGCUUGAAAGAGACACGCAAGACAAAAGAGCUUUUUUACAAGAACAUCAUCGAUUUCACGUUAAGAAGCCAUGGCCGAACACAUGAUGAUGCCCAUGACCCACGGCUCCGCCGGCGGAGGCCUGCACGGGUAUCGCAUGGGAAUGAACGGCCCUUCCCCACACGGACCCCAGGCCGGCCUGCGAACCCUUCCCAACGGGCAGCUCAUGCACUACGGCAGGGGUCCUCAGAGCUCCAUGGAGGCGGCCAUGAGGCAGAGGAAUGCGAUGAACGGCGUCAUGAACGGUCACAUCAAUGGCCAGAUGGGCGGUGGACACCCCCACCAAAUGCAGCAAGCCAACAUGAUGUAUGGGGGGCCGAAUCCACAGCAGCAUCAUCAUCAGCAGCAGCAGCAGCAGCAGGGACAUCCUCAGGCACAACAUCAUCACAUGCACCAGAACCCACAGCAGUACAUGGGCGGAGGAGGUCUCACAGCAUCUCAACAGCUCAUGGCUAGCAUGCAUCUUCAGAAACUCAACACCCAGUACAACGUGCACCCGCACGGGCCCAUCAACGGGCACCACAUGGGAAACGUCCAGCACAGAAUGGGUCCCGCUCAGUUGGCGGGCAUGCAGAUGGGGAUGGGUGGACCGGCGUUGGGCCUCAACGUCAUGGACAUGGACUUGAUUGAUGAGGAGGUUCUAACGUCCUUAGUGCUGGAGCUCGGCUUGGACCGCGUCCAAGAACUGCCUGAGCUUUUUCUAGGACAAAAUGAGUUUGACUUUUUCUCGGACUUUGUGUGCAAGCAGCAGCCCAGUACUGUCAGCUGCUGAAAGGACGGCCGAGGUUCUGGUCCCUCGAGCAGAGAAAGGCUUCGAUCACCAAGACAAUGUCAAUCUGUUUGCUCUUAAAGAAUACUUGGCAAAGAUUUCGAAGAAGAACUGGGUACUAAGAUUGGCCAGCUGAAGUGUGGCUUUGACGUCUUGUCCCUUCAGGUUGAUGUUGACCGACUGCCCGGGGUCGAAUGUACAUUCACAUGGUGGAAAAAGGAGUCUGCGUGGAACAACACAGAAACCGCUUUGCCCCCUAAGGGGAAGUUGGAGUCGAUAGCAUUUAGAAAUGUAUUUAUGUAUGAUGCCUACCAAAAAGCAGACGCGAUGCAGAAACCUGCCUUUUGUCAAACUAACGCCAAGACUUGAAAGAUGAUGUUUGUGUGGGAAAUGAAGGCUGGUACUUCAAAAUAGGUGAAGCUGGCUUUAAAAAAGAGCUCUUAAUGAUGUCGGAAAUGGUUAACGGGAUGAUGAUGUUUCUUUUUUUCUGCCUUUAGUCAAUUCAACACUCAUGUGUCCUAUAUUCUGGGGUAUAUAUUUCUGCGUAAAUGUUGAGUCUGAUCUCCCUGCACAUGAGUCUGAACUGUAGAACUGCCUUAUAGUGUCUUACACCAUACUGAUACUGCUAACUACUCACCGUUGACACUCUUACCUCGAACCAUGAACAGAGGAUUCUUGUUUUUGUACGAUUUAAAGAGAAAAAGAUGACAUUCGCUCCUAUGCUCUCAUCAGGCCACAUACGUGUGACUUCACUUGUGUCUAAAUCAUCUCGAAUGUCAACAUUGCUCAGCUGUCGUUUGAUGCUCACCAUUGUACCAAUUUCUUGAUUUGUCAGGUCAUGUCCGAUGGUCCAAUAAUUACAAAAUGGACAUUUUGUUUAUUGUGUUGUGGUGGGGUGAGGGGUUUGAGAACUUCCUGUGGUGUUGUGUUGGUAGUUUGUUCUGUUCAGGACUCUGUGGGGGUUGGGUUGGUAUAGAAAUAGCACAGCAUACAGUACUAGUAGGUUAAUCUGUUCCAUCAGAGCUAGAGCCCCAGGCUGGCUCGUUUCUGUACGUACAGCAUCAGACGAGUGCACAAUGGUCACCGAAAGGGAAAAAAGCACAAACAAGGAAACGGAGAGAACCAAACGGAUCAUAUCUUGUGUUCUGUAACUCAAAUUUGGCUGGUUGUUUAGGGCUUUAUAACAUAAUGAAGGGAUAUUAAGCUUAUCACAUUGAUUCAGUUUGUUGUAUUUUCUGUAUCUGUAGAGACUACGGUGUCUUCCCUAGUUAUCUGUGGCCUUUUAUUUGCCACGCUUGGAAAUUUGAGAAAAUGGCAUCGUGUAACAGGAUUUUUUUUUCUUAAAUGAGGAAUGUUUGAAAUGUUGACUCGCGUAACCCUCCCCACAGAUCAGUUCAGAGUGUCAGCAGCAGGUUGGUUUUGUCUGGACAAAAAUGAGAUUGUAUGUUCUCUUCCAAACGGUGUGCUGUUAUUUGCUGUUGCUGUGCUCCCUCAAAUGCUUUUGAAAUGUUGUUGAUUCUAUCUUAAGAAAAUGUAUUUAUUUUCAUUGAAAAUAAAAUAUUUAUUUAAAAAAGUCAAUUC